UGUAUAAACCAAUUUAUAACUAGAAUGCAAAUACCAUCUUAUUGCGGAGUAAUUGGACACUGUAAAGAUACAAUUUGGUAUAGAUUAGCAUGCUAAUCAGUUUCUACCAUGAGAAUAUUAAACGGCAUGUUUCGUCAAUUCAUACAAUUUUAACAAAGUUAAAAGACAGGAAGAUCUAAUAGCAUGGAGGAUGAUAAAGUUGAUCUUCUUCAUCGAGAUCCAAACAGCAUCAAUCAACAUGUCCAGACAAACUUUGAAGACGUUUUAGCAGAGCCAGACGGUACCCGAAGCUCUGAUUGUGUGUGGAUCUACAGCGCCAGUUGCUUCAAUGGCGGCAAAAGCUGCUGUUACGUAUUUUUGUCGGCGCUUUGUGGAAUUUUCCUUGCACUAUUUUGGGGAUGCGGAUUCGCAGUUAUUAGUUUUGAGCAGAUUUGGUGCGCCACUCCCAUGUAUCGCUGCUUCAGUAUCUACGCCAUUUACGUCCAGAAAUGUGUGGGGACCUAUCUCAGUUGUUACCUGGGUCCUUUGUGUGAGACUUGCGGACUGAUCUUUAGCAGAAUACAUAUCGACAAAUCCGGAUAGAAAAAAAUUAUGUAAGACAUAUUGUAAUAGACUUUACCCUAUUGAUCAAUAUAACAGAGAUGUAAUAAACUUCCAUCAAAGUACGUACCUUCAUUUGUGUGUGAAUGAUCUCAUAUUGUAACCAGUCAAAGAGUGAGAAAUAUUUUCAUUUGUUCUUUGUUUGUUUUAUUAUAUU